UGAGCUCCUCAGCCUGCACUGUCUGAACUCACCAGGCUCCUGGCAGACUCUGUGCUUGCUUCCCCAUCUUCCCUCCCUGCUCUGGUUGAGUUCCUUCUCUCACAGAGCCCCCAGAGGAUGUGAACAUUGGAAUGGGGUCUGGGAGCCGGCUGCGGACUCAGUGUGCGUGUGAGACUGUUGCUGCCUAACAGGGGGACUGGGUGAGCGCUGCGGGCAGCCCGUGUGUCUGGCUGCAGGGCACCAGCCUUGCCUGGGCCCUUCACCAUGUUCCUCCUGCUCCCCUUUGACAGCCUGGUUGUUAACCUCUUGGGGAUAUCCAUAACUGUCCUCUUCACCCUGCUCCUGGUGUUCAUCAUUGUGCCAGCCAUUUUUGGGGUCUCCUUUGGCAUCCGCAAGGUUUACAUGAAAACGUUGUUAAAGAUCUUUCAGUGGGCAACACUGAGAAUAGAGCGUGGUGCCAAGGAGAAGAACCAUCCGUUAUACAAGCCCUAUGUCAAUGGUAUCAUUGCCAAGGAGCCAACAUCACUGGAAGAGGAGAUCAAGGAGCUCCGCCGGAGCGGCAGCGGCAAAUCCCUGGAUACCCCCGAGUUUGAGCUCUCAGAUAUCUUCUAUUUCUGCCGCAAAGGCAUCGAGACCAUCAUGGAUGAUGAAGUGACCAAAAGGUUCUCAGCUGAAGAGCUGGAAUCCUGGAAUCUACUCAGCAGGACCAACUACAACUUCCAGUACAUCAGCCUGCGCCUCACUGUGCUCUGGGGUCUGGGUGUGCUGAUCCGUUACUGCUUCCUUCUGCCCCUCAGGAUAGCCCUGGCGUUCACUGGCAUCAGCUUGUUGGUGACUGGUACUACAGUGGUGGGAUAUUUGCCAAAUGGAAGGUGUAAAGAGUUCCUGAGCAAGCACGUCCACCUGAUGUGUUACCGGAUCUGUGUGCGUGCCCUCACAGCCAUCAUCACCUACCAUGACCGAGAAAACAGACCCCGAAACGGAGGCAUCUGCGUGGCCAAUCACACCUCUCCCAUCGACGUGAUCAUCCUGGCCAGUGAUGGCUACUAUGCCAUGGUGGGUCAGAUCCAUGGGGGGCUCAUGGGGGUGAUACAGAGAGCCAUGGUCAAGGCCUGUCCCCACGUCUGGUUUGAGCGCUCCGAGGUCAAAGACCGUCACCUCGUGGCAAAAAGGCUCACAGAGCACGUCCAGGACAAGAGCAAGCUGCCCAUCCUUAUCUUCCCAGAAGGGACCUGCAUCAACAACACAUCUGUGAUGAUGUUCAAAAAGGGGAGCUUUGAGAUCGGAGCCACGGUUUACCCUGUAGCCAUCAAGUAUGACCCACAGUUUGGAGAUGCCUUUUGGAACAGCAGCAAGUAUGGCAUGGUGACCUACCUCCUGAGGAUGAUGACCAGCUGGGCCAUCGUCUGCAGCGUCUGGUACUUGCCUCCAAUGACCAGGCAGCCUGAAGAGGAUGCUGUGCAGUUUGCCAACCGAGUGAAGUCAGCCAUUGCCAGGCAGGGAGGCCUUGUGGACCUGCUCUGGGAUGGAGGCCUGAAGAGGGAGAAGGUGAAGGACACGUUCAAGGAGGAGCAGCAGAAGCUCUACAGCAAAAUGAUUGUAGGGAACCACGAGGACCGGAGCCGCUCCUGAGCCCUCCCCUCCAGCGCUGCUCCUGGGCCUGGCCCGAGCCCUUUGCCUGCAGCACGAGCCAGGGCUCGACUGAAGCAGCUCCGGAUCUUUGGACUUUGGCUGCUUAGACUUGCUCCUGCAUCCUCUGGCUGUUGUUCCCCAGAGGCACCAUUAUUGAUGCCUGGAGCCCCGGGGCCCUGGGCGGCUCGUGGCAAAGAUGCCUUCUUGUUACUGGUACAGUGAAGCCCCUUGAGGGGGCCAGUAUUAAAUGAAACACUUCUGGUGUCGUCCGCUUCCAUGUGGUAUGUGCAGGGCCCCAGGAGCUCUGCUGUUGAUGUGCACGAGUGUCAAUCACUGCACUGGAAUCAGCUGCCUUGAUAACCAUGGGCUCUGCGUGAGCCUGUGCCUCUCAUGCCUGCAGCAGAAGCUCCUUAGGAGCAGGAUGUGGCCUCUGAGGCCAUUUCCAGCUUAACUUCCAGAAGGAGAAACCUUUUCCUUUCUUUUUCCCUUUGGCCACCUCCUGCCAUAGCCUGGCCCAGGCCUUUGCUGCUCCAGCAUCCGAGUAACAGCCUCUUUGCUGGGGUUCCUCAAGUGGUGGAGCAAGAGCCCCCUUCCCAAUGCUUCCUGAGGGACAUGGUGGGGUCUGAUCUUGUUAAGCCACCAACAUGCACAGACAUCAUCUCAGCUUGUUGCAAGGAAACUGAAGUCUUGUGCUGGAGGUGGGACCCCUUGCGUAUAUUACUCAGUAAAACAGCUCACAUUUGAGCAUCCA